AUGCCUAACAGACGAUCGAAUUACACCUUGCUGAGCCAGAAUCCGGACGAAAGCGCCUACCACCAGCCGCCGCUUCCGCAGAAGAAGCUUUCCGGCAGCGGCGGCGGUGCUCCCCAGCAGUCUACCUAUUACGAGUCUCACUCCGGAGAGAAGAGUAAACUGAAGUCCGAGCGAGGCUCGUCCUUCGAUUGGGAAUCGAUUGAUCAGCGGAUGAUCCAAGUCCAGCAGCAGCAGCAGGGCCGUAUCGCGACGGCGCCGUUUCAGGGGUCGUUCGGGCUGCAGAGGCAGUCGAGCGGGAGCAGCUUCGGUGGGAGCUCGAUCUCGGGGGAGUAUUUCGCGCCGCCCUCGUUCUCAGGGCCCGAGCUGCCUUACAGUCAUCCGAGCGACGGCAGCGGUGAAUUACAUGUGAGAACGGCGGAGGAUUCGGUCAGCGGUGGGGCGCCGUCUUCUCUGAAGAGCUGGGCGCAGCAGACGGAGGAGAGCUACCAAUUGCAGCUGGCUUUGGCUCUUCGGCUUUCAUCAGAAGCUACCUGUGCCGACGAUCCUAAUUUUUUGGAUCCGGGGCCAGAGGAAUCCUCGUCGGUUGCAUCUUCAUCACCUGCCUCUGCCAACGCAGUUUCCCAUCGAUUUUGGGUAAAUGGCUGCUUAUCGUACUUCGACAAAGUUCCUGAUGGAUUUUACAUGAUUCAUGGGAUGGAUCCAUAUGUUUGGGCUGUGUGUUCUGAUCAUCAGGAAAGCGGCCGCAUCCCGUCCCUUGAUUUGUUAAAGACAGUUGAUCCUACUAUUGUUUCUUCAGUUGAAGUGAUUUUUGUAGAUAGACGAGCUGAUCCCAGUUUGAAAGAGCUGCAGGAUCGGAUUCAUAACUUAUCAUCUAGUUGCAUCACCACAAAGGAAAUUGUUGACCAACUUGCAAAGCUAGUUUGUAAUCAUAUGGGUGGGGCGGCUUCCAGUGGGGAAGAUGAUUUGGUUACAAUUUGGAAGGAGUGCUGUGAUGACUUAAAGGACUGCCUGAGGUCUGUAGUGCUCCCUAUUGGUAGCCUGUCCAUCGGACUAUGCAGGCAUCGAACCCUGCUAUUCAAAGUUUUGGCUGAUAUGAUUGGUUUACCGUGUCGAAUUGCAAAAGGAUGUAAGUGUUGCACUAGAGAAGAUGCUUCAUCGUGCUUGGUUCGUUUUGGGCAUGACAGGGAGUAUCUUAUUGAUUUAGUUGAAAAUCCAGGAUUCUUAUGUGACCCUGAUUCCUUGCUAAAUGGUCCGUCUACAAUUGCAAUUUCUUCACCUUUACGCUUUCCACGGUUUAGGAAGGUUGUACCUGCAAUUGAUUUCAGGUUGCUGGCCAAACAGUUCUUCUCAGAUUUUCAGUCACUCAAUCUCGAGUUCGAUGAUUCUGUAACAGAUGGAACCAUUAUUGAUGGAGAUAUACCGAAACAAUCAGAGGGGACUCAUGUGGAUAGAACCAACUCUCCACCCAGUUCAAACAAUCGAGAGGAAAUUUCUAAAGCACAACCGUUGGCCACAAAUUCCUGGAUAAAGGUUCAUGGUAAAGUGCAAUUGCUCUCCAGGCCUUCUAACGCUCAGAAUAUAUUAAGCUCGACAAAUAUACUCAAAAGCUCGAUCCCUUUGAAACUUAUUCCGCCAAUUGGGGAUAAAGAGGUUCAGCCGGUUAUCUCCAUGCUGGAUCAAAGAAUAAAUACAGGUAAAGAUAGAAGGUUUGGUGAAGGAGGUCGAUCAGUUGCACCUAAAACAAGUGAAUUCACCUUUGAGGUUGAUGAUCUAAACAUUCCCUGGAGUGAUCUCGUUUUGAAGGAGAGGAUUGGGGCAGGUUCUUUCGGAACAGUUCAUCGUGCUGAAUGGAAUGGCUGUGAUGUUGCCGUGAAGAUUCUCAUGGAACAAGAUUUCCAUGCUGAGCGGUUCAAGGAAUUUUUACGAGAGGUGGCUAUUAUGAAAAGAUUGCGGCAUCCAAAUAUUGUGCUUUUUAUGGGUGCUGUUACUGAACCGCCAAACUUGUCGAUAGUAACAGAGUAUUUAUCUAGAGGUAGUCUUUAUAGACUGCUGCAUAAACCUGGUGCAAAAGAGGCUUUGGAUGAAAGACGUCGUCUGAGCAUGGCGUAUGAUGUGGCAAAGGGAAUGAACUAUCUUCAUAAACGGAAUCCUCCUAUUGUUCAUCGAGACUUGAAAUCUCCCAACCUUCUUGUUGAUAGAAAGUAUACUGUGAAGGUCUGUGAUUUUGGUCUUUCUCGUUUAAAAGCAAACACCUUUCUUUCAUCCAAGUCUGCUGCUGGAACUCCCGAGUGGAUGGCACCUGAAGUUCUCCGUGAUGAACCUUCAAAUGAAAAGUCAGAUGUGUACAGUUUUGGUGUGAUAUUAUGGGAACUGGCAACUUUGCAGCAACCCUGGGGCAACUUAAAUCCUGCACAGGUUGUCGCAGCUGUUGGCUUUAAAGGAAAAAGGCUUGAAAUUCCUCGAGAUGUAAAUCCCCAAAUAGCAUCUCUUAUUGAAGCUUGUUGGGCCAAGGAACCUUGGAAACGACCUUCCUUUUCGAGUAUCAUGGACUCUUUGAGACAAUUGAUUAAGUCCCCUACACCAGCUCAGACGAGUUAUGAAGAAACCCCAUUGCUUGCAUGA